AUGACUUUUUGUAUCAGGUGUUCAGCUCAUACAAUUCAACUUAGUGUCUUUGAUGGUUUAAUAACCACUAAUCUAAAAGUAAUUUUAGAAAAAGCUCGCAAGGUUGUUAAAAAGUUGAGGACCCCCACUGUAUCAAACAUGUUGAAAAAAAAAUUUAAAUAA